AUGCAAAUUAAUCCAAUAAUAUCACCAAUCUAUUUUGAUGAUAUUUCUGCCGUUCAAACUUAUGCAAGAUAAAAUCACUUGUUACUUUAUGUUUAUAAAAAUACCAUCUAUGAUCUCUCGGAAUUUGCCUACACCCAUCCUGGAGGUCUUAAAGAAAUAUGCACAUACGCUAAUACAAACAUCUCCAAAAUCAUUUUCGACCCCAGAAUACAUAAACAUUCGCCUUUGGCUCUCUUCAAAAUGUCUAAAUUUACAUUCGGAUAUAUUUAACCACAAAAACAAAAAACCUUACUGAAAUCAAAAUCUUCAUAAUCACUACUACAAUAAACAAGGAAGAAUCUCCUCUCCGCUACUGAUCCAGAUUACUUGGCUGUGCCAGAGGAUUGUUGCAUAGAGUAAGUACGAAGCAUCAAAACACAUAGAAGAGUUUAUCAUUCAGACGAAUAAAUGCCAUAAAUCAAAUGA